UGACGAAGUGGAGCAGGGAAUGCAAGAGAUGAGGCUUGGCUUCCCGUCCGGCUUAGCGUGCCCAGGGAGAACGACUGUCCGAAGCCAAAGGCGACGCAAACAGGUCAAACGCACAGAAAACGUCUAAGCCGUACCUUUGUCAGCGAAUGGGCAGCUCUGAGUGGUGGAUGGAUCCGAGGAUCGCGACUUUGGCCGAUCCGCCCCGCCGUACAGACAUUUAUCCCCAGCGUUUUCAUGGCGGAAUCAGCGGCCAACGUGGACUUCUGGAGACCGUUAGCAUAGGGCGCGCAACAACAAACGUCAAUAACCUGAGCAUAUCUGCAUCUUCCAAACAAUCUACAGCCCCUUACGGUCAAUACUCGACAUACCUUGCAUGGCGCUUGUCCAAUGAACUCGACAUUGCUCAACCUACCCACAAAAGCCUGUCAUAACUGUCGCAGACGUCGCUGGAAGUGCGACCGCUCUUCACCGGUUUGCCACAAAUGUCUCUCAUCCGGUACCGAUUGCCUGGGAUAUGGAAAGCUCUUUGUGUGGAAUCGCGGGGUCGCGAGUCGGGGGAAGAUGAUGGGAAAAUCGUAUGAAGAGCGAUUGUCGACGAAAGAGGAAGCCAAGACUCACGAUGCACCUGCCAUCACAUGGGAAUCUGAUCUUGUUGUCGCACAAUCACAACCAGCGUCCUCGGAGCCCGCGGACGGAUCGCCAACCGAAGAUGCAAAGAAUGAAUCCGCUCUCAAUUCAGAAGCUGAAGAAGAUGCCACAGCGAUGGUCCUCCACCGACCCUUAGUCGACCCACUGGUCAACGAUUUAGACCGUCAUUCGCGCUACUAUCUAUAUCAUUUCGCGACACAACUAUGUGAGGACAUGGUCGUUUACGACAUGCCGGGGCAGAACCCUAUCCGCGAUCUCAUACCUGCGACAUCUGCGUACCCGUUACUGCUGCACAUCAUCGUUGCCAAUUCGGCCUUCCAUGUUUUCAACAUCUCACGCAAUCCAAUGGGUCAGUCAGCAUAUCAGGCGCAGCAAAGCUCCUGUCUUGUCGCAUAUUAUCAAGCAGUCAGUCGGUUCGGUGGACCACUUCAAUCCUCUUAUCGAGAUGCACUGACAGCCAAGACUAAUGCACUCUCAUUACUAGCACAGAACGUGGCUUCUGUAACUGCAUCCAACAUCGAUCUGGUCUUGGUUACUAUUCUGCUCUUCGUCAAUUACACCCUUGUGGAGUCUGGAAAAGACAAGUGGAAAGUGCACAUGGAUGGUGCGCUGUCUCUAAUCAAACUCCUGGGUGAACCACCUUAUCUGCAACAACCGAUGAGCAGACUGCGUCUAACCAUUCUCUCCGAUCUCUUAGUUUUCUACGUUCUGGGUUCUACAUUGUCAUUCUCAACGAUGUCCAAGUUCGUGCCGGACACUAUUGACCUAGAGCCGAUCUUACGCUACGCAGAGACGAACAAUUACCUAUCAUGUCCUGCACCUCUCCUUCGCAUCAUGCUCGAGUCUUUCGAGCUGCCAGACUCCCGCGACGGAGCUUCUGGUGACUUAAGAGGGCACAUCCAGGAGCAGGUGGGUGUACUAUUACAACGAGCGCUCGACUUCGAUCCUAUCGCUUGGUCUUGCGACUUUGAACCUGCAUCACCGUUCGAAGACCUCAAACAGCGUGUGCGUAUCGCUUCUGCGCAUCGCUCUGCUGUGUGCAUCUACCUAGCUCGUGUGCUGCCCUGCACUCACCCACUCCUCGAUCCUGCGAGCGAUACGGCUCUUGUCAACUUGACAACCCUUGCCAACGACGUCGUUCAUCACAUCUCACACCUCAAACCUGGUGAUGCAGUCUUCAAGUGCAUAUGUUGGCCCUUGUUCUUGGCUGGUGCCGAGUCCGAGGAUCCUACACAACGCGAGUGGAUCAUGAACACGCUGGACAUAUUGUACAGCGAGAUGUACUGGGGUUACUUGCACACAGUCAAGAGGGUGCUGGAAACCAUUUGGCUGUGCAAGGAUAGAGCAGAGUCAGGCGCGGACAACUGCUGGGUUGACGAAGUGAAGGAGUUGGGCACCGACAUUUUGAUUGCGUGAGCAUGGUCUCCAGAGCUGGUCUUUUAGACUCGGCUUGUGCGCAAUCGAGAGUUCAUUCCUUUCUGAAGCACAGCCUUUCGCCACCACUGCUGACCUUACCGAAUGAAGCAAGCCUUCUAAUACCGAGCACAUGCAAAAUGCACCCGAGUCGUCAGAUACUGCGGCGCGGUGGUAGCCAUGCUGCGAUGCGUCACGCUGGUCUUCGGUAGUUUGCAGCGUCACGGCACUAUCGACUUGCGCUUCAAAAGCUUUCAGAGCACGUGGCAAAACAUCAAAU